CGUCUUGAACCGAAACGUAUGUCCGGGACGGGAGUAAUUUUGCGCUGUAGCGAAGCCAGCGUCAACUGUAAGGUACCGGUAGAGGUAUGGUACUGCAGCGGUAGCGGCACUACCGGUACCGAUACUUGAGGCGUUCGACGCAAUGGCUAACGUACCUCAAUCAGUGUCCGAUGCACCUCCGCUGCGACUCAACUCCGUAGCUACUGGUACCGUACCAGCAGUAGCGAAGACUGGAAGGAUUGAAUGAUGAAUCUAGACAACACGCUGGCCACGGCAAUGCGGCGUAAUAGGUAUAUCAUUAUUACCUUUCACGAUACCCGUACCCCUGGUACCGAAUCCACGAGACGAUAAUAAACGUUGCCCCAGUAGUACAUUUUGUACCGGCAGCAUAGGAUCAUCUUGAUAGGGAAAAGACGAACGUAAUUCACAGCAGAAAAAAUGAUGCGCUGUUACUGAACGUGGCUUCAAACCUCCGAAGCGUUACGAUGCAUGGCAGGCAAUUAAUCCACUUCAGCACAGCACACUGUUCCUAGCUAGGAAGGGGCUACCUCCACGAGGGAAAAUGUAACAGCUUGAAAGCUAUUUCCAUCAUGAAGUUGGGAACCUCGGCUGUUUUUGUCUUUGCUCUCAUCCUGCGUCUCUCGCAGGGGACUACCGCCAUUAGUCAAGCGGCGAAUGUCGUUGCCCAGGAACAUCUCAAUGAGUCCUCGUAUGUUGUUGAUCAAGCUGUAUACCAGCAGACACCUUCGUUCCAUCCUGGACCCAAGAGCAAUCUUCGUUCGUCGAUUGGGCUUCACAAGCCAGACUCCUUGUUAAAGAUUACCCAAAAGAGCCCUUCAGACAUUGCAACGAUGGAUAUCGAGGCCAGAGCGGAUGUCAUUGGGUCUCUUGCUAAUGAUCUCACGGAAACGCUGGAGAACGAUGUGUUAUCGGUGGAUUUGACGGAGCACCCCCACUUAGCCGAAAGCGUGGAAAUCGCACGUCAGGCGGUAGAGGACGUUAAGAAACCACUCUCGGAUGCAAUGUAUUACAUGCGGGCCGCAGCGGACGAAAAGGAUGCCCGAGAGCGCACGGUACGCGACAACCAUAAGAACAUCAAAGGCCGCCGCCCCCCUCCGCACGAAUUUAUGUCUCAAAAGAGUCGUAGAGCAACAGAAUCUGAGACCACAGAUCACACACACCAAGAUAAUUAUGGCAGUGGCGAUAGCAGAAACUCUUGGCGGGAACAUUACAAACCGAAAGCAUCCUUUGGAUUCCAGCAGCACACCUCUGCUCACCACCACCACGCCCGCAAGAUUCAAGAGGCCGUUGUCAGUGGCAAUCAUAUGUUUCUUAGUGAGAUGUUGACUGGCCUUCACUCGCGAAUGGGGCAUUUCACCGGAGGCCAAGGGCACCGUCGAACUCAAGCCACGAAGAGUCAAAACUGCGAACAGUUGGCAACAUGUGCCCGCGCAAUGAGCUUGUACGACAUGUUUGUCUAUUACUUCAGUGAUGAUAUUAACCCCCAGACAGGGGAGGUUGACGACAUUGUUAAAGGCUUUGACGAGUCUGCAUACAACACUGAUAUCUUGAAGCAAGGAAUUGAAGCCAAGCAGAUUGAGAUUCAGCGACUCUCUGGAAUCCUCCUCACUGAUGGUGUCAACGAUUCGAACCUGGCUGUUUGCGACGAGCUCCUCCGCCAGUUUCAUCGGAGUAUUGAGGUGAACGGUAAUCCGGAAUGGGAAGGGGCUAUCGUUGGUCAGGUCUGUUUGGCAGAGGGCACUACAGUCUUUGUGAAAAUGGACGAAGCGCUGGAGACGCUGGGAAUGAACUACAGGGAUCUGGAUCCUGAUCUGGAUGCGAGUUUUGACAGUUACAUGGGUGGCCUCUUCUCGAUCUUAGAACCAUUUGCCCAGGAAGUGCUGACAUGUGCAGAAGAGUUGUUCAAUGCUCUGGAGGAUGGUAGAGGAGAACCGUUCCCAUUCAAGAAUGAUGCUGGUGACAACGUGUUCCCGGUCAGUAUAAACCAAGAAGGCAGAGAUGUUCACGGCAGAUACACAGACGUCACCCAGCGGGCAUUCACAACACAAACAUACGCUGAUAUUCGGGCCAAGUAUGAUGCAUGCUAUGCAGACUUUGUGAACUCAGAGUUUCAAGACAGAGUCGGAGAGUGCUUCUCGUUUGGCCUUGGCGCAAACUUCAUUGAUUGCCUUCUUCCGUUUAUCAGCGAGGCGUUGAAGGAGUGUCUCCCGGUGUACGGCGAGGAGAUCCAAAGCUCCAUUGAGCUCGUUUUUGGAGACCGCGCGUCGGUGGGAUUUGUUUGUGGUAUCAAAGAUGCAGUUGUCAAUGAUGGCAAGUCGAUGCCUGGAGAAUGCUGUUUGAAUGCUCCGUACGAGCUGGAAGGCGACUUGUGGGGCUAUCAGUAUAACUGCCAAAACCUGGAAACGACCUGCGAUAGGGGUCCAGUCCUCUCUGGAUUGUCAGAAAGCUCCUGCAAGGUCUACGGUGGGACCUUCUGUCCGACAACAGAUUGCACAGAUCUGAAGCUUUGCAUAGAGGAUGAAAUUGAAUUCGGCAACACCACAGGCUUGUCAGUUUAUGUCGAGUAUUUGAACAGUGCCCCUGCAAUCGAUGAUCCCACCGAUCUUUACGCUUGUGGUAGAGCACGGGAAUACUUUGGCUUUCAAUCCAAUUUCUUCAAUGAUGUAGCAAUCUGUGAAGAUGUUCAACAACUUCGGUUCUCCUCCGAUUUUGCGUUUCUCGACUCUUUCUUCAAUCAAGGUGACAAGGGUGGCGGGGGCCCUGGAUCGAGCCAAUGUGAGGCACUCCCCGCGGACGCACGUGUGGACUGUGUGCCAACCAUUGGAUUAGAGCCAGAGAACAGAGAUACAUCUGGGCAGCCUCCAGCGACAAAUGGCCAGGCCUGGAGGGCAACAAACUUUGCACUAUCCAAGGCAGUAGACACAAUCUUUUUUGCUUUGGAAACGGUUGAUGCUGCAAAGUGUCCAUGUGACCCACUAUGCGUUUCAGACAAUGUCUGCGCUGGUGUCAAGACCAUCAUUGGAACAGGACUUACAAUUCUGAAGUUCGCCUUGGAUCUGGCGUUUGAAAUAUCAGCAUUUACCUACGCAGAGGUUGCAGAGCUAGGGAAUGUAGAGCCCAUUGAGAUUUACGAGUCGACGCAGAUUAUAUUUGGCAACAUGGAAACAAUGGGCAACUGGCUACAAGAUCGCUUCGAAUACUUAUACUUUGAGACCACUUGCAGACCUGUUGAGAUGCUUCUCCCAGGCCAUGGCUGCGAUGGCAUUGUGAACCUUUGCGAUGCCAGUGUGCGUGUCCCGGACACUUGCGCGGAGGACAUCUAUAGUCCCGAGAUUGACUUUGGUAGAGUUCACGAGUUGUGCGGGCCCAACAAGCAUGUCUUUCCCACUAUGGAACUUGCUACACAAUGUGUCCAGGACCAUGUCAUUGCAACGGAUGAUUGCUACCAAGUCGAGGCCACAGCAUCGCCAGCAGGCGAUAGUAGCCCCGCUACAUGUGGCAACAUUCGAAGGGUUAGUGUCACAGCGUCCGAAGUCGGUGCUUGCUCCAAGGCAACAACCGAAACGUUCGAUGUCUUGGUAGACAGCAGUGCAAACUCCUACUGCCAGUUUUCUGGCAGCCCGGAUAUAGCCCCAUCCCUGGAUAUAUCAUCUGCUGUGAGCCAGUGUUCCACCUUUAUCAUGUUCAGCACUAUUGACGCAGCUCGUGCUUGUAUCGAACAACAUGCUGUCGCCAAUGAUGAAUGUCGAAAUGUGGAGCUCCUGAUAUCCUCAGUAUCCUCUUCCUCCAUACCGCCUGGAUGCAGUACUCUCAUCCACGACAUUGAGGUGACGGCAAAAGUAGCUGGAUGCGAUCUUAGCACCACCAAAUCUAUGCAAGUGCUGGUGGAUUCAAACCUGAAGACCCAAAGUUGUGCAUUUCUGCAGGGGCCCGACCUGGACCCAAUCCUUGACAUGGCCAAGUCGAUUGAGCUUUGCAACAACAGGGUCUUUGCUACUGUGGAUGAAGCUGAAGAUUGUGUACUGGGUAACUCGGACGCUGUGGAUGCCGCCGGGAACUGCCGACCAAUCGAACUGAACGUUGCAACUACCAAUUCCAACGGUCUAUGUGAACAUCAGGUCGUGGUGACAGCUCGUGUUCGAGAUUGCGAUGCCCUGACUACCACAUCUCUGCCGAUAAAUGUCACCAUUGACAACCAACCACCUGUCCCUACUUGUUCCUUUGGAAUCGGUGAAUUCCUCAAGCCAAAGGGCAAACUGGUUGACCCUGAGCUGACAUACACAGUCACAGAGAACUGUGGUACGGAGGUUUCCGUCCAGGUGGAAGGGUUCAGCAACGAAAAGACAAUCCCACAUUCCGAUGACAUGCUGUUGGUGUACGAGAAUGCCACAACGUCCAAAGUAGGAUGGUAUGUUGCCAGCGAGAGUUGCCACUACCAUGGAGGAAAGGGCAAAGGAUCCUACAGGCACGAAGAAAGAAGCAAACGAUCCUCCUCUCAUCACGAUGACAAGAGCCAAAAGCGAUCUUCAUCGUCGUAUCGGUACGGUAGAAGCCCUCGUGGCAAUCAUGGCAACUACGACUAUGAUCAUGGCUACCACCAUCACCAAUCAUGCAUCAAAGACCCCGCCUUCAAAACUCGCGUUUACACGGCCCGCGUUACGGCAACAGACCAGGCUGGUUUGAUGGGUUCCACCGAAUGCCAAGUGACUGUCAAGAGGGGCAAAGGCAAGGGAAAAGGUUCAAUGAAGAAGGAGAGCAAGAAGAGCAACCGCAAGCUCAAGGACAAGACAAAGUCCUCCACCAAGGAGGCGAAGAAAGGAGACAAGAAAGGCCGAGACAAUACGAAGGGUAUGUCUUCCAAGAAAAGCAAAAAAUCGAUGAAAGGAAAGGGCAAAGGAAAAUCGCCGCCGCCACCUCUCAUGGGAGAGCCUUCUCAGUUCUUUGCAUUGAUGAGCUACGAACAUGCACACUACACGCCCGAUGGCACGAAUCCAUGAGUCUUCUCCCUGCUAUAUAGCUAGCUAGACGCUACGCUGCUGCCGGUAUAUCUUUGCGGUGGUGCUAUUGUAUUGUAUGCAUGAGGCGACAACUCAGCUAUGAUUAUGUAUUGGCUUGGUUUGCACGAUUGCUGAUUGUGGUCUCUCCCAGUCUUUUUGGUUGUCUUGGUAUGGUAAUUGUAGCGGCGUUACUUAACUAAAAAUUGACGUUUGUUCACUCUCGUGUUUCCUU